AUGUUGAAGUGGGGAAUUUUAUCAUCAGCCAAUAUCACUAAAAGAUUUAUACCUAGACUGUUAAAAUCGCCGAGAAGUCAAGUCACCGCAAUAGCAAGUCGAAGCAUCGAGAAGGCUGAAAGCGUGGCCAAAGAGUGGGGCAUACCAAAAGCAUAUGGUAGUUAUGAAGAAUUGUUGACUGAUAGUGAAAUAAAUGUUGUGUAUGUUCCCCUACCACAUGCAUUACAUGCUGAGUGGGCAGUUAGAGCGGCAGAGAGUGGAAAACACUGUAUGGUGGAGAAACCUAUAGCAACAAAGAUAUCUGAUGUUCAGAGAAUGCAGAGAGUUGCCAUGGAAAACAAGGUUUUGAUUGUUGAAGGUUUUGUACAUUUAUGUCAUCCACAGUUUAAAGCUAUUCAAGAGACAAUAAAAUCAGGGAUUAUUGGUGAUGUUCAGUUUAUGACUGGUUCAUAUGUCGGAGGAGUUUCUAAAAGAACAGAUGGGUCGUUGUGGCUACUGGGUUGUUACCCUGUCAGUAUGAUGAUAGGCCUCCUGAACGAAAAACCACGCAGAGUAACAGCCAUGGAGUGCAAAACGGAAAGGGGUGUGGAUGGUUCAUUGUACGGAAUUCUGCAGUUCAACAAUGGUAUCCAUGGAUGUAUUACAUCUAGUAUUACGUCGUCGAGUGAUAGCCAUUUUGAAAUUAAUGGUAGCAAGGGCAGAAUACGAAUUCAUACAAAUUCGGCUUAUCACCCUGAUGCUUACGGCGUUGACAACUUGUUUGAUCUUUGCAUUGAAGGCCAGCCAAUGAAAACUAUCACUGUGCCAAAAAUUGAUGCAUUCCUGGCAGAAAUUGCAGCAUUUGAAUCUUCGAUAUUAGACGGGAAACCAACACCCGUUCCAUUGGAGCACAGUCAUCAAGUUGUUUCUACUAUAUUGGCAUUAUAUGCAUCAGCCAAAAGACAAGGAAUUGUGAUUACUUUGUGA